AUGUAUAUCAACAUCGGGCUUGGCGAGGAGCCAAAGAACUACACAACGGUUAUGGUACCCAGGUUCCUUCUAACAGGUCCGACAAACGAGGAGUAUGAGGGCACGUUCUGUCUUCCAAAAGUUCCCAUCCCGAAGGGUGCGACGUUGAGGGAGGGAGAUAUGGCAUCAAUCCAGGUUGUCCAGGCUGCACAGCAUGGUGCUACACUCUUUAGCAUAGGCGCUCCUAGACCCUUCAACCAGGGAGACAGACACCGGAUGAUUGCGUCGGGACUGACCAAGAGAUGGUGUGUCGACGUCAUUUCCACGGAAGACAUGUCUACGGUUCCGCAGGUGACAGGUGACAGUUGCUAA